CGAACUGUUGCCGAGCUGUUGUUCGUUCCGAGCUGUCAAACGGACGCGUCCGUUCGCCCAUGGCCCUCGCUGGCAUUAAGUAAUACGGAGCCCGAGAAAGUUUUGUGAAUACCAGUUUGAGUUUUAUUUGUGUACAAUUUUAAUGGGGAAUUCUUCAUAGAAAAAUACCCAACCAAAUAUAAAAGUACUAACACUUAUGGUUAGCAUGAAUAAAAAUUAGUACUGUAAGAGCAUUCCAGUCCGACAUAAACGUGCUUUGAGCUGUAUCGAAAACCAUCAAAUACGUAUUUAAAUGUAAUGGUCCCAAUGAUAUCAUCUUGUCAGAUUCUUUUAGACAUCUAGCAAACUUCGCCAUGGAUUUUCAGCAUAGCCACAUUCAGAAUCACCAGAGCCGCUCGAAACUCUGUAAACAACACAUUUUUACAUGUAGAAGGAAUUUAUCCUUUGCCAUAUUGAUAGCUACAGCUGGAGUUUUAUCUAUAAUAUCCAAAGCUGAGGCACAUGAUCAAAAUGCACCUCCCAUUUUAUAUGUACGCGAACGUAACUGGCGGAUUUCAGAAGCAGAAAAAGUUGGACAAAUAAUAGAUCGUGUCCGGGCCGAGGAUCCCGAUGGUGAUGAGUUGCUAUUUGGUAUUGAACCGCGCUUUCUACCUCCACAAGGAAGUGACGUAGAAGCCAGCAUACCGGAAAAACUGCCAUUUCAUAUUGAUUCACAAACUGGUGUUGUUUAUCUUAAUGAAAGCUUGAUGGGCCGUGCCGGCCAGAACUUUCUCAUAUAUAUAACUGUCUCCGAUGGACGUUACACAGCAAAAAACGAAGUUUUUAUCAACAUUCUGGGUCAGCGGGAGAAUAUGUAUGGAUAUCGACCCCAGACAUCUAUCUCGAAUGUUGUACACAACAUUUCGCAGUUUCUACCCUCAUUUGAUCAACUACCUGGAGUUCAAUCUAUCAGAAAUGGACUGCCAAAUAACAGACCUACUUUCAAUUUUCCGCCUAGACCUCAUGAAAGCAACAGUGGUAUACCGUUCGGCAACUUUUACCCUCGUUUUCCGAGCUCGAAUGACAGAACAGAAGCUAACUCUGAGGACCAAAACAGUCCAACGGCUCCAACGAUAGGCUCAUCGACGGAGAAAAGUCGUACCAAACUCACUCCCAUAGUCGUUAAUACUUCCACCAGGCCAGAAGAGCCCUCGACAAAGACGCUGCAUGAUGGGAGUGGGAAUACCAUAACCAUUUUUUCAAUAAAGUCUACCACCAUUCCUUUUGUUGUCACUGUUUGCGGUUUCAUCGCAACAAUUUCUGUCUUCCUCGGAUACAUUUGCCGUCAUCGGCUUUGCGCUAUUAGUAAAACUCUAAAGAAAUCAAAAGAAAAAGAGGAGCUGGCGAAGAAAUCUAAUCAGAGUCAAACAUCAAACACGCUGAGUGAUGAUGGACGCAAUUCAAUGGUAAUGCAGCAGUGGCAAGGACCAGUCGCGUUUGCCAAUCGUUAUGUGGCUUGGGAGUUGGACCAACCGAUUACGACAGUUGCAACGUCGCAAUUAUCAACUAGUGUGACAAACAUUGGUGAUGCUUCUGCUGUCGGGGCUCCUUGCGGCAUAGCUGACCCGGUAGACAACUUAAUGCCAGUGAGUGUUAGGUCGGGAGCUAGUUCAGCGGCGGCGGAAAAUGGUUUGGUCGUCGAUAUCAACAGUGAUCACUGGGAAUUCCCAAGGUACCGACUGAAGUUCUUUAACAUACUGGGCGAAGGUGCUUUUGGGCAAGUCUGGCGCUGUGAAGCCACGGACAUUAAUGGUUUUGAGGGCAUUACCACGGUUGCCGUAAAAACGCUGAAGGAGAGCGCCACAGAAGUUGAUCGAAAGGAUCUAUUGUCCGAGUUAGAGGUAAUGAAAUCUCUGGAGCCCCAUGUCAAUGUAGUUCGACUUUUAGGCUGCUGUACGGACAAAGAUCCGACAUUUGUUAUAAUUGAGUACGUAAAUCGAGGAAAGUUACAAUCAUAUUUACGAAACUCAAGAGCCGAAAGACACUAUGGAAAUACACAUGGAAAAUCAAAUAUAUUGACAUCAUGUGACUUAACUUCUUUUAUGUAUCAAAUUGCAAAGGGAAUGGACUAUUUAACGUCCCGUGGUAUUAUUCAUCGGGACUUAGCUGCUCGAAAUAUUCUCAUCUCAGACGAUCAUACAUGCAAAGUGGCUGAUUUCGGAUUUGCCCGGGAUAUUAUAACAUCAAAGAUUUACGAAAGAAAAAGCGAGGGCAAACUACCAAUAAGAUGGAUGGCAACUGAAUCACUUUACGAUAAUAUAUUUUCAAUCAAAUCCGAUAUAUGGAGCUUUGGUAUAUUAAUGUGGGAAAUUGUAACGCUCGGCUCGACGCCCUAUCCCGGCAUAUCUGCUGCCGAUGUUAUGAGGAAGGUAAGGGAUGGAUAUCGCCUGGAAAAGCCCGAGCACUGUCGUAGAGAGCUUUACAAUAUAAUGUACUAUUGCUGGUCUCAGGAUCCGCAUGAGCGUCCCUUAUUUGGGGAAAUAAUUAAUAUGCUUGACAAAUUGCUGCACACUGAAAUGGACUACAUCGAACUGGAGCGGUUCCCCGACCACAAUUACUACAAUAUUGUUAAUAUUAGUGGAGAGAAGCUUUAGUUCUUCACGAUAUACAUGUCACGUCACCCUAUGAGCUUUAUUAUUACAAUAAGAUAUUCCAGUACUCAUAUUAAAUAUAUUAAACCACUCCAUCAAGUAAAAAUGAAACUGAUUUGAUUUUAAAAAAACCGUGAAAACUCGCAAAAAUUUUUAACUCAGAGACAGUCAGAGAAUUACUGCUUAUAAAAAUUAUUUCCGCGGUUUGGCAACCAUUUGUAGGUAACAUAAUAGCCCUAGAUACAUAUAAAAAGUAGACUGACUCGGUAGUUGUGAGACCUCUGUGGCUUCACUUCCCGAGAACCAGGUACAAUUGUUAUUAAGAGUGACACGUUUUAGUUGGUACGCGUGUAUAUACAUAUAGACCUAAAGUGCACCUUCUGCUUUUUUAAUUUAAUA